AUGGGUCGGGAGGCUCUACAGUCGAAGGAUUAUGCCAGGGCCGUUUUCAAUUUCGAUAAGGCCCUCGAAAUGGCCCCGGGAGACAAAAACACAAUCUAUUUGCGUUUGGAAGCUCUUCUGGGCAAUAAGAAAUACGAGCUGGUCUGCAACGAUGCGGCCGCGCUCCUGAGAGACAAUGCACAGGACGCAGAGGCAAUGUAUCUGAGAGGCCUGGCCCUGUACUACCAGGGUAACUGUGACAGUGCCCUCAACCAUUUGGUGCAGUGUCUAAAGAGCCAUCCGGACCACACGAAGGCCCGAAAUAUGCGCAAGGUUAUCAAGGCCGUGGAGGCGAGUAAGAAAGCGGGCAACGAAGCGUACAAAUCACGCAAGUACGACGAGGCAUUCGCAUUAUAUACGGAGGCCAUCGAGGCGGACGAGAAUAACACAUACACAAACUCCCGCCUAUAUAGCAACAGAGCAGCUGUUCUGCAACAGCAAAAGAAGUUCGAAGCGGCUAUUGCAGAUUGCGACAGAUGCGUGGAGCUCGAUCCCAACUUCGUGAAAGCUUACACACGUCGUGCCAAGUGCAAACUGGAGUCUGAGCAAUACGAUGAUGCCGUGAAGGACUACGAGAAAGCGGCCUCUCUGGACGAGAGCAAUCGUG